AUGAUCGACAUAAUAAUCUUAUCCGUGCUCCUGGUACUAGGGGCCGGGGUCGCUAUAGCAGAGCCGGCCGCCUGCGACGCUGCGACCUUUGCCGGCAUUCUUCCAGCUGACGCCAGCAUUGAGAAGAUCACACUCGUGGAGAGCGGUGCGAGCUACGGCGAGGGCGCCUCGGACCUCAACUAUCCCGUUUCUCCCACCAACCUUCCGGAGCUCUGUGCUGUGACCAUCCAAGUUGUCUCGUCCCCGACUUCGCUCUACCGGUUUGGUCUGUUCCUGCCCUCAGACUGGAAUUCCCGGUUCCUCGCCGUCGGAAAUGGCGGCUUCGGCGGAGGUAUUAACUGGUUGGACAUGGGGGCCGGUGUGCAGUACGGCUUCGCCAUCGUGUCGACGGACACGGGGCACAACUCGACGACGGCGGACAUAGCAUGGGCCCUGAACAACCCAGAGAAAAAGACCGACUGGGGAUGGCGGGCCUUCCACGGCUCCGUUGAACUCGGCAAGCAGCUCACCGAGGCCUACUACGCCGCCCGGAUCGCCUACUCGUACUAUAAUGGCUGCUCGACCGGCGGCCGCCAGGGGCUGAAGGAGGUGCAAAUGUCGCCGGACAGCUUCGACGGCGUCGUAGUGGGCGCCGCCGCCUGGUACACCAGCCACCUGAACCCGUGGGUCACCAAGGUGGGCACGUACAACCUGCCGUUCAACGGCACCAACCACAUCGACGCCGCGCUGUUCCCAGCCAUGGCGCGCGAGGUCAUCCGGCAGUGCGACGCCCUCGACGGCCUGGCCGAUGGCAUCGUCAGCCUGCCCAGCCGCUGCAACCCGGACUACACAACCCUGUCGUGCAGCGGGCCUGCCGGCGCCAACCGCUCUGCCUGCCUCACGGACGCACAGAUCGCCACCGCCGGUAACGCCUACGCCGACUACCGCGCCGCGGCGUCCGGCGAGCUGCUCUACCCAGGCCUGACGCCUGGGUGCGAGGCUCAGUGGUCGCUGGUGCUCAACCAGACCAGUACGAGUCCGUACGGGAUCAACUACAUCCGCGACUUUGUAUACGACGACGCCGAGUGGGACUGGACGGCGUACAACGACAGCGUACUCGAGUACGCGGCGCAGACAGACCCGGGCAAUGCCACUGCCGACGACUAUGAUAUCUCGGCUUUCCGGGGACGCGGCGGCAAGCUCAUUAUGUACCACGGUUUGGCCGACGGGCUGGUGCCACCCAAGGGCUCCGAGUUGUACUACCAGAAGACAGUCGAGGCCAUGGGCAAGGGUAAUUUGUCAGGUGUCCAGGACUUCUUCCGGUACUUCGAGGUCCCCGGAAUGGGACACUGCUACGGCUCUUCCGUUGGCGCGCCUUGGGCUUUCGGCGGCGGCUCCCAGGGCUCAGUGCUCGGAACCGACGUGUGGUCCGUCCCGGGCUUCCGCAACGCCGAGCACGACAUCCUGCUGGCCACAAUGGCCUGGGUUGAGAACGGCACGGCGGUCGAGUCGGUCGUGGCCACGUCUUGGCUGGGCCCGUACAACGCAUCGACCCCCGUGCUGCGCCAGCGGCCCCUGUGCCCCUAUCCGCAGACGGCCCUGUACGGCGGCCAGGGCGAUCCGGGCAACGCGGCGAGCUGGUCCUGCGGGCUUAACGUCUCCGUCGUGAAGCCCAUACCCACGUCAGUCCCGAUCCCGAGUGCGGCUGGUGUGUGCUCGUGGGAUGUCGCCUUGACCAUUGCAUCCGUCACGGGCCUGCUUGUAGCUUUUAUGCUCAUCUGA